CACAUGUGAGGCUACUCCAGUUUACGAAAGCUCGGUAGACCAGCCCUCCGCCGUUGCCGACCAAUCCUGUGGUUUAGCAGGGACGAGCCUUCAGACUCUACCUCGCAUUUCUACUCUUGUAACCCACUCUCGCAGUCAUGUGACGGCAAUAUAGUACAACUACAGUACUGAGCAACGCGGCAGACAGAACAGAAGCAGCGCCACACGGCGUGUCUCAAGGGCAAAUAACGCAUUAGGAAAAACAGCGCAACGCGCAAAGGACUACAAAAAAGUCGCAAGAUCGGAACUAAAUCAUUGGAAUUGUGCAUGGUUCCCCAUUUUAAAGGGCAGCUGUGGAAAGACAAACUCGAAAGCAUAUCUCUUCGGUCGGUGAGAGAAAACAACAGGUGUGCCUCUUACUCGCCAGUGACUUUAUGUUCUAAGAGGUGCCCUUGCAGUGGCACCCGGCACUUUUCACUUCACCUUAAUGGUCGCCUGACACUAGUAGGGUGCCAAAAACAAACAAACAAACAAACAAGUAAAAAAGAUAAAAAUAACAACCCACGCACACACACAAUCAGAAGGAAGGAUCUUAUUUACCUCUCAACGAAAAUAAAACAAAACAUAACAAGGCGACAGACGAGCGGGAUUACAAGUUGUUUGUUGGCUGUCUGUCCCUGCUGGGAUGGUGGACCACUUUGUGAGCAGCAGUGGGGAGCACUUCUUCUCCUAUGGAGGCCUGCACUCGCCCUCCCUGGUGUCCUUUCACCUGCACACGGACAUGCUGACGACGGAGCGCAGCCCGGAGCGGAGUCUGGGUCUGGGUCUGGAGCGGACUCUGGUGGACCGGGUCAGCUACCAGGUGACGGCGUCUCCGUUCUCCGAGGAUGAGCUGAGCGACUCGUCCAGCCUGCGCUCGUGCUCCUCGCCCGACUCGCAGGUGCUCAGCUCCAGCUACGGCAGCGCGUCCAGCGCCGAGAGCCAGGACAGCAUCCUGGACUUUCUUCUCUCGCAGACCUCCUUAGGUGGAGGGGGAGGUGAUGGAGGUGGCGGAGGAGGAGGAGGAGGAGGAGGUUCGAGCGGCGGUAACGGCGACGGUGGAUCGGCGGCGGCGGUGACACCCAUGUCGCUGGCCAGCCUGCUGUGGGACUCGUCGUCAUCGCGCCGAGAGGAGCCGGUGAAGGAGGAGAGCUUCGAUAUGCCCAUCUGGUCCUCCUCCUCCACGCUGGUGGUGCCGGUGUCAGUGCCAGAGGAGGAGGAGAUGGAGGAGGCCAUCGAGCCUUUCCAGCCCACGCUGGAGGAGAUUGCGGAGUUCCUGGAGGAGAACAUGGAGGUGGUGGCCGGCUCCAUGAUGAAGUGUGAGCCCAGGGAAGGGGCCACGACGCUGGGCCUGGGCUUCGAGCUUGACCUGGGCUUCGGACUGGGCGUGGAACUGGGGGCUGGCGAUUGCGACGACGGGGGAGCGGCGGCGGAACAAGCCGUGGCAGCGGCGGCAACGAGGGCCCCGGUGGCGACCAAGCCCCAGCACUCAGACCAAACUGUGCCAACCAUGCCAACCACAAUCACAACCUCCACAGAUGCCAUGCUCAUCAAUUCCACCAGCGCAGAGACCAAAAUUGCCAUCCCGCCCCCACCACCACUACCAGCAGCACCAUUGACAUUGACACUGCCAGCAGCGCCAGUGGUGGGGGGCCAGUGUCUGGAGGAUGCUGAGGCGUCGACGCAGGACGUUGUGAAAACGGAGACCCAGUGUCUGCCUGUGACAGAGGCUGGCGCCAACGGUGCUGGUGGUGCUGGUAGCAUCAGUGGUUCUGGUGCCAGUCCUGGGGGGGUGCCAGUCAUCCUCCAGAUCCAGCCCAUUCAGAUCAAACAGGAGAGUCCGUCUCCAGCCGCUGGCCCCACCCUGACCACCGCCACCACCGGCACCACCACCUCCACCCCUGCAGGGGGCGCAGCUGCCCCGCCUCAGGCAGUGACCACCCCGGCCGCAGACAUCAAAAUCGCCCAGCUGCUGGUCAACAUCCAGGGCCAGACCUUCGCCCUGGUGCCCCACCUCCUGCCCUCCUCCCCGACAUCUGCCACCCCCGCAGCAGCAGCAGCAGCAGCAGCAGCAGGUGUGCCCGGCGCCAACCUCACCGCCACCGGCACUGUCACGGUGAACGCGGCGUCCAAGUUUGUGCGCAUCGCGCCCGUGCCCAUCGCCGCCAAGCCCUUGGGCAUCGGGGAGGGCGGGCUGGGUGGCGUGGCGGGCCUGAACGGUGGCAUCCUGGUGGGGGGCGGCGGCGGGCCGUGCCAGAAGUACCAGAAGAACCCAGUGGCCGACCUCAUCAAGAUGCACAAGUGCUCGUUCCCCGGCUGCGGCAAGAUGUACACCAAGAGCAGCCACCUGAAGGCACACCUGCGGAGACACACGGGGGAGAAACCCUUCGCAUGCACCUGGCCCGGAUGCGGAUGGAGGUUUUCCCGUUCCGACGAGCUGUCCCGGCACCGGCGGUCACACUCGGGGGUCAAGCCGUACCAGUGUCCCGUGUGCGAGAAGAAGUUUGCCCGCAGCGACCACCUGUCAAAGCACAUCAAAGUGCACCGCUUUCCACGAAGCAGCCGGACUGUGCGCUCCUCAAACUGACCCUCUGGCGUGCCACCCACUGCCACACUGGACACUGGACAGAGGGCAGAGCCAACGGAGGGAGAGAGAACAUUUUGUGUCUGCUCCCCCGCCCCCCGGCCCGUGUGUUUGUGAGAGCGUGCCUGUUUGUCAGUUUUUGAUGAACUUGCACCAAGUGGGAAAGAUGCAGGGAAAAACAAGCAAGCACAGAGACAUGGAGUCACAAACAUGCGCACAAACACACACACACACACACACACACACACACACACACACACACACACACACACACACACACACACACACAUGCACACACACAGCUAAUAAUGUUGCUUGAUGUCCAUGUUGCUCUUAUUUUACUUUGGAAUCUCUUUCAAAUCAUGCAAUCACAGCUAGUCAAAUCAUAUUUUUUACAAGGAAAUAUGGGGAAGAAUGGCUUUUUGUAUAAUUCAAGCUUAUAUGUACAAUAGCUUUUUUUAAAAAGGACAAUAUGUGAUCAUUUUCUUGAAAAACUGCCUUGAGUAUCAUGAGACAAUAAGUUGCCGAUGCCACCCUUCUGCCUUUCCCCCUUUGUGACAUUUGAGUGAUAUGCUUGUUGUUCCUAGUCCAAUAUGGCUGCUCGCCAUGGCGACAAGGUGAACCCACAGCACGCUCAGCACAAUGACUUUAGCAAUGGGAGCAGUUCAGGUCCGCUUUUGUUACAUAAGCUACUGACAAAACAUUAACACUCAAGGUGCUCUACUGUGGAAAGGCUUAACGGUGCCGUUUUUUGUUUUUUUCUCCAAAACUUGGCCACGUGCUCCUGUCAUUCACUGUAAGCAGGAAGAAGGCCUACUGUCUACUCACCAACAGCCAUAUGCUAAUAGUAUUCAUUUUGACGGUGCUUCUCACAAACUGAAUCAUAUAUUUACAUGGAUGUAUAGCACAGUGGGGGGUGUUCGACCUCCACAUUAUCAGGCAGUGUUGUUCUUCAGAUGAAGGGUUAGUAAUGGACGGGGUCACAAGUGUUCAUAAGCUACAUGGAGCUUCACGGAGGUUCUGGAAGGUUCUGACAAUGGCAUGCACGGCAACAAUCAACUCAUCUUUACUCACAACGGGGACAGUGAGAAAGCAGUGCAGAAUGAUUUUUGACAAAAAAAAGAAAAGAAAAAAAAAGCUAAUGUCAAACGCAACAAAAAUGCUCAAUGCGCACAAAUAACGGUUGUACCUAUUUAAAAGACGAAACUGGCCUUUAAAUCAGUAUUGGAUCGAUGAUAUUCUUUGUUCUGCUUUGAAAGUGAUACGGUGUUGUUAUUGUACUUGUAAGCAUCUCCUGAAACGCUACAGUGUGUUUUCGUCUGCUCUCUGGCCUUAUACUGAACCAGUAUGUCCUUACCGAAGGUCUAACCUUGGUCCCGAUGGACCAACAUGUACACAGUCUUUUGUUGAUGUUAUUGUUGUUUUUUUCAUGAAACGUGGCACUAAACCAGCAAAACUGUACCGGUCUUGUUGGGACCAUUACGGAUUCUCAUGCAAGUUGUGUUUUUGCAGGACCAUGACAGUUUGUGAGGCAGGUUCUCAGUCCUUGACUGUGAGUUGGGGUUGGUUUCCAUAAAGGACCACGGAGAAAGGCUUCUGAGAGAAAGCAUUACAAAAUGAACAGUUGUAGCAUCAGAGGUGCAUUCAAAGUCACAUAUGCAAAGUCUGAACUUUUGCAAAACAAAACAAAAAAAACCUUUCCUCUGUGCUUUGAGGAUGUUGGUUUCAGAAAACACACAGUGACACUUGGGGUUACGGUUAAAUUCACCGAUUUGAAAUGUUUUUACAACACUAUUCAGAUGUACUAUGUAAACGAAUUCAGUUGUUAACUAUUCAGAAUUUUAAUGCACCUCAGGAAACCUCAAGAUAAAGGAUGUAAAUUCUUACUCUAUAGCAUACACGGCCAUGGACUUGAAUCGCUCUCUCUCUCUCUCUCUCUCUUGUUAUGUUAUGGUGUUUUGUUUUCCAUCGUGUUAUUAUUCUAGUGGGAAUAUUUUGUCUCCAGUAGCGAGGCCAGGAUCUAAAUCGGAAUCAACCUGUUACUGGAAUGUCCACGUGCCUGUAGGAGAGAAAGGGCUAUGAACACUGUGGACCUUGUCACACAUUUGCAAAAAGGGAAAGACUACAAAAACAAAAACACAUCAUCAGCCACCCCAGCAAGGGGCUGCAUGGGCGACGUCUUGCCCUUGUCUGAGAACUGGUUCCUUACGGCCUUGACCAGGCUGGCUAGCUAGCUGGCUGAUAUUCCAAGAACAUCCCGAAGUGAUAAACCUGCCAAGUAAGCCUAUCGAAAGUGGUAAACCUGCUUAGACAGUCUGCAGGCGCCAUUGCCUCUAAGUUCACCUGGUUUCCUACCGAAACACCUUCUUGGAACACUUCUUGGCUAUCCUUAACGGACAGCCAGCCGCAGGCUAGCAGAAACAUGUGUAAGUGCAGGCCAAGAGAGUCAUCCAAGUCUACCAGGGGUGCAUGCAUCAGAUCAAUAUGUUUAUCAGGCAUUCCUUCCAUUCAUUUGUUGAAUUUAAUAAAUAAAAUGCCUGUUGGAAUACAGGUGUUUGUUUUCAAAUCGCAUCCUAUGAAUGUAUGUAUAUAUGUGGGGACGUGUACAUAGGGAAAGAUGUAUGGGAUGAGAGAAGAGAGGCGGGAAUGAUCUUUCUUCAAAUAAUGACAUAAAAGUGCAUCUUCAAUCUGUGGUGAAGAUUUGUAGUGUAAAACCCCAAAUGUGUACAUAACGUAACGUUUCAGUAAUAUGAAUAUAUUAUAUAUAUUUUUCUUUGUUCUACACAAAAUGCAUUUACAAAUAAAACAUUGAAAA